AGCGACGCCCCACGCGACGCGACGCGGCUGAUGGAGAGCUGCAGUGAGUGCGCUGCGCAGCGGUCACCGAGCGGCGGGACACCGAGCGACCAGGAGUCAGCCUUGACCAUGGAGGAGAAGGUGCUCGAAGAGCUCGAGAAGCUGAAAUCCGUGAUCCAUGGCCACUUUGAACGUCAGUUGGAGGCCAUUACUAUUAGAUUGGAGUCCACCACUUCUGACGGUUGGUGGCCAUCGCCAUCGCUACGGACUGCCUUGCUGAAGACUGUGGCACGGGGCGUCCCACUGGAGCCGCGCGGCUUGCAGCACGCCCUCCGGCCGAUCCCGGCGGCCAGCCCCGAGGGCGAGUGCGCGAAGCCUACCACAGCGGAAGCUAUGCAGCUGGGCAUUCGCCGGAGCACGCAGACUGACGCCUCUGCCUCAUCGGAACCCAUGUCCUCCGUCAUGUCUGCCGCUUCGGAGGGUUUGAAUUCCUCCGAUACCUUCGUGAAUGAUUUCUUGAAGGCCUUUGAAGACAAGGCACACCAUGCGGCGGAGAUUGACCCGCAAAGCCCGGACCGGCUCUUUCGAACGAACCAUGUGGAGUAUCAAGGUAAUUUCCUGCAAGGCCGCAAGAACCUCAGUUCCAAGGCGCUCAAACAAGUCUUCGCUGGCAGACCUCGGAACACACCGGAUGCGUGCUGCUACCCGGGCCUCCGCUGCAAUCCUAAAGAAGAGACCUACAAGAUCCUCAUCACACAAGGUGAGAGAAAGGAUGGCAAACUUUCAUGGAUGUACCGCUUCGUGCGGCUGAGCUUGCUAGCAGCAUUAAGGAGCAGAGAGCAAGAGUGUGGCUACGAGACUUUGGUCUUCGUGCCUGAGAACAUCUCCCAGAAUGGGAACCUUCCCAUCACUCUCACGAAAGGCGAUGUGUUGAUCCACAUCGGACUUCAGUGGAGGGAAGCCUUCGCAAGGCUUUGCCGGAGGCAUUUGAUGCCCAAAGAGAUCUACUGCGUUGAGUAUUUCUUGGAACCGCAGUCGGACACGGGUCCCACUGCUGGUAUUUGUGAAGUCUGGACCUAUACCCAUGGCAACCUGUGGGAGCACGGGGCUUGGAUGACGCCGAACCACACGUGGCCGCGGCCGCCGCUGAUCCGCUUUGUGCCCCCGGGUUUCCUGAAUGGACACCAUGCCCGAGUGAGGACCUACGAGGUGUCGGAUCUCCAGUGGGGCUAUAUCGGCCUUUUGGGGAAGAAGGGAUGGCAGAGGCGACAUCAGUGCUUCGAUCAUUUGCAGGAGGUCUUACCCACGCUUGAAAGGUAUGACGCCUGGAAUCUAGAAGAGUGGAGGAGGUUUGAAGAUCUGCCGAACUUGGCGUUCAUCAACUUCCACAAGGACUGUAACGAUCCACGGAAAGCGGUCGUUCCGGUCUUGAAGCCGUUUCCUUUGGAGCGGAAGUCCUUAGAGACGGUGCGGAUGGCAGAGCUGCUGAGCUCGGGGUACUUCGUGGUGUCGGAGGAGGUCAAUCCCAUGGAUGCUGCCCUUUAUGAUGGCAUGGUCUUUGUGGAAAAGAACCUUUGGCAGCCCAAUGAGACCUGGAGCGCCCAGUUGCGGGAGCUCCUGAGCAACUCCUCGCAGUUGAAUGCUUGGAGCGCCCAGGCCUUUGCCAGCUUCAAAUCGAAGUUCAAUCCGCAGAAGCUCCUCCAGGACGCUCAGGCGGGUGUGCCACCGGUGCGAGGGGAGCAGGGGGAGCAGGGGGAAAAGGACGAUAUCCCCCGCUGGUUUGGGGUGUACAACGGCAUUGUGGUGAUCCUUUUUACGCUGGAGCUCGGGAUCAGCUUGUACGCUCAAGGCUGCCGAACCUUCUUCUGUGGCCGUGAGCGCUGGUGGAAUUUCUUCGAUCUGGUGAUCAUCCUCCUCUCGCUUUUUGAAAGUGUUCUAGACUUCUGGGUCGAAUCCACCUCGUCUGCCUCCCAGGGGGUGAGUGCCUCACACUUGCGCUUCGUGCGCACGGUGCGCCUAGCGCGUGCCCUGCGGGGCAUCCGAGUGAUGCGCUUGUUGCGCUAUGUGAGCGCCUUGAGGACGCUGGUGCUCUCGAUCAUGAGUAGCAUGGCUUCCCUCAUGUGGACGCUGAUCCUUCUCUUGCUCCUCUUCUACUCCUUCGGCGUGCUCUUUACUCAGCUGGUCUCAGAUGAGUGCAGAUAUCAAGAAAUCGCACGCACGCAACAAAGCAACUCAGUGCCGAGAUGUGAGGAGGACUUCGGCGACUAUUACUGGUCUUCGAUCUCCAUGAGCAUGCUGACCCUCUUCAUGUCCACCACCGGUGGUGUCGACUGGGAAGAUGCCUUGGAUCCAUUGAUGAAGAUUUCGCUCAUCGCUGUGGGGUGCCUGGUGGUUUAUAUUACCAUCACCUUCUUCGCCAUUGUGAACGUGAUAACAGGUGUUUUCGUGACGACUGCUAUGGAAACCACUGCAGCUGACAAAGACUUGAUGGUCAUGAAGCAGCUGCAGAGGAAGAACGUGCAAGUAGAUGAUUUGAAGUCGCUCUUCGCGGAGAUCUCUGGGAGCGAGCGAAACGUGGAGGUCAGCAUCCAUCAGUUUAAGGCGGCCAUGUCUUCGGCCAAGUUCGCGGCAUUCCUGCAAUCGAUGGGCACCAGGGCCUGGAGAGGUAUCUCCACUGAGGAUGUCGGGGUUCUGUUCAAGCUGUUAGAUGCCGACGCUAGCGGCUUGGUGGAGCUCGAUGAGUUUGUGACCGGAUGCUUGAAUCUGCAUGGCACCGCCAAGAGUUUACAGCUGGCGAGGAUGAGCUAUGAGAACAAGUUGACUCGGCGGGAGAUCAAACACAUGCACGAUGCGCUACGAGAUCUGCACCUCAUGACUACGAUGCUGUAUGAGAACUGGACUGUGUGA